AAAUAAUUCAAUUUAUCCAGAGGCGAGGGUUUCAUAUGCAAAAGCAGCGAUGACUGACAGUUUGCAGGGGGAAAGGUGGCGAGGCAUCAGAGUUGGGUUGGUUGCUCUCCUCCUCUCUUCUCUUUGUGGUCGGUCGGUCGGUCUCCUCCCACCACCCGCCGCCGCCGCCAUGGCCUACCGCCGGAAGCAGGGCCCCAUCGCCGCCGAUGAUCGCCGGAGCUCCUACCCCCAGUCGCCGCAGGGCUCUUCUUCAUCGUACAGUUACACAUCAAUCAAAAGUAUGAACGAGCCCAAGCUUGGGCUAUGGGAAACUUUGGCAAGAAAAGCCAAGGGAAUUCUUGAUGAGGAUGGCGUGGCACAUAAGUCUGACGAGUACACAAAAGAGAAGACCCCUCGCAAGUUUGAUUCAUCCACUGGAGCUCAGGAAUCUCAAUCUCGCUGGUCAUUCGAAAACCACAGCAAGACAGGGGAUACUGGAUCCCGGACAAGGUCGGAAGCUCUUGCUGCUUCUGUCAACCAACUUGGUGGAAGAAUCAGAGAUGCCUUGGAAGAAGGACUCACAAUUGUGGACAAUAAGACAUCCAAUAUCAUUGAGGAGACAAAGAAGAUACAAAUUAGAAGGAAGCAAGCCAAUUCGAAUUCUUAUGUGCCGAACCUAGCAUUUGAUACAUUAAGACCUCCUAAUCUUUCAAAUGAUCAAGCUGAAACUGCAGCCCAGGAAACCCAAUUAAAAGCUUCUCGCGAUGUUGCUAAUGCAAUGGCUGCUAAAGCAAAACUUGUGCUCCGUGAACUAAAAACAGUAAAAGCUGAUCUAGCUUUUGCGAAGCAGCGAUGUGCUCAGCUAGAAGAGGAGAACAAGUUCUUGCGAGAAGCAAAGCAGAAAGGGAGCAAAACUGAAGAGGAUGAUGACCUGAUUCGUGUGCAACUGGAGACCUUAUUGGCCGAGAAAUCAAGACUGGCGCAGGAAAACUCCAUGUACGCACGCGAAAAUCGUUUCUUGCGUGAGAUAGUAGAUUUUCAUCAAUUCACCACCCACGAUGUUGCCCCCUUGGAUGAUGGUGACAUGGAAGACAGUAUACCAGGAGAAGAUAGCAAUCACACUUACUCAGAAGAUAUGUUUCCUGUAGUUGAGGCUUAUUUAGAUCGUGAAGAACUAUCUCCUGUCCCCUCAAGGCCUGAAUCUCCAAUCCUCAGCUCAUGUGAGUCAUCAUCCCCCAAAUCCAGCAAUUCUAAAAGCAGUGCUGCCAAUUUACCAAGCAAUGUCUCAGCCAAAUGCAUUGGUACCUGACACAGAUUGACGCAUGUUAUUUGUUGUCCUCUCUGGGUCUGGAAUUGGUUUGAUUGUGACUGCUGUGCAUAUUGUUUUUGUCCAUUCUUUAUCCACAUUGGUUUGCAAAUGUAAUUUAAUUAUAGGUUUCUGGUUUUGUGUAUGGUUUGGGUUCUGUCUAGGUUUGGUGAAAUUGACCGGUGUGAAUACAUAGAUAAAGUUUACAAUUCUCAGUAUAGGGUUUGAGUUCCAUGUUGGGUUGGUAAAACAACUGACUGGUGUGAAUAGACGAAAUGAGAAAAAAAAAUCAAGAGUGAGUUUACCACUUGUAUAUUGAGAUUGGUGCAUGACUAAAUGAAAUACAGUUUUGUCACUUCACAUUGUACAUGACUCUAGACCCUUUGAAUUGAAUCUAUUGUUCCA